AUUCUCUCAUCGGAGCAGCGCCUCACCGGUGGCAGACGGUGUCGUUGUUCCUCUCCUAAAAACCUCCAUCACCAUCUCUUACACAGAGCUCCAACGAGAAUCUUCGAGAUGGGACAGAGUAUGAGCUGUGGAACUAGACCGGAGCACGGUAUUUUCGCCUCCGUACAGUGCGGCGAUAUCACUACUAUCCGCCGUCUGAUAACGGCGGAUCCUAGUCUCUUAAAUCAGACUACUGCUUAUGAUCGCCACUCUGUUCUUCAUGUCGCUGCUGCUAAUGGUCAGAUCGAGAUUUUGUCAUUGCUUUUGGAACGAUUUACGAAUCCAGAUUUGUUGAAUCGUCACAAGCAGACUCCGUUAAUGUUGGCUGCGAUGUAUGGAAGAAUCUCUUGUGUGAAGAAGCUAGCUGAAGUUGGAGCUAAUAUUUUGAUGUUUGAUUCUGUGAAUCGAAGAACAUGUUUGCAUUACGCUGCAUAUUAUGGACAUGCUAAUUGUGUUCAAGCUAUUCUCUCUGCUGCUCAAUCAAGUCCUGUUGCUGUUCAUUGGGGAUAUGCGAGAUUUGUGAACAUAAGAGAUGAUAAAGGAGCGACUCCGUUGCAUUUAGCGGCAAGGCAGAGACGACCUGAAUGUGUGAAUGUUUUGUUGGAUAGUGGUUCUCUUGUUUGUGCAUCUACUAGUGUAUAUGGUUCUCCAGGGAGCACACCUCUUCAUUUGGCAGCUAGAAGUGGAUCUAUCGAUUGUGUCAGAAAGUUGCUUGCUUGGGGUGCUGAUCGUCUUCAACGAGACGCUUCUGGGAGGAUACCUUAUGUGGUUGCUAUGAAGCAUAAGCACGGAGCAUGUGGAGCCUUGCUUAACCCGUCCUCUGCUGAGCCUCUUGUUUGGCCGUCGCCAUUAAAGUUCAUCAGCGAGCUUAAUGAAGAGGCGAAACUGCUCCUAGAGCAGGCUUUAAUGGAGGCUAAUAGGGAGAGAGAGAAAACAAUCCUCAAGGGAACAGCUUAUUCCUUACCAUCACCCUCUUUCUCUGACACGGAUGAUAACAUGUCUGAGGUGAGUGAUACAGAACUGUGCUGCAUUUGCUUUGAGCAAGUAUGCACGAUUGAAGUCAAAGACUGUGGUCACCAAAUGUGUGCACAAUGCACACUUGCACUGUGUUGUCACAACAAACCGAACCCAACGACAUCAACUGUGACUCCACCGGUCUGCCCGUUCUGUAGAAGCACCAUUGCAUGUUUAGUCGUCGCCCAGAACAACAACAACAACAACGAAAAGAGCAAAAGCCUAGAUGAUGUUGUUGUUGAUCGUGAGGCAGGUGAUGUUAGCUCCUCCAAAUUCAGAAAACAUAGAAGAUCAAUAAACCUUGGUGAAGAAAGCAGCAGCUUCAUGGGACUAUCAACUAUUGGAUCGUUCGGUAGGAUAACCGGCCGUGGCUCGGGAAGGAUCGCAGCCGACAACGAGCUGAUGGACAAACCGAUAUUGUGAGGAUCGAUUCCGUUUAUGGGACAUUUUGGGGCAUGGGGGAGAAAAUGAAAGAUGAGGGGGUGAAAUUGUGAGAAUGUAUAAAAUAUAGAUGAAUUUAUGUU